UUCAGUAAUCAGCAGUUAAUCCACAGUAGCUUUUGAUAUUCUUUCAGUGACAUUUGUGAUUCUCUCUCAUCUUCCUCGAUAUUAUCAUCUUCAUUUACUCUUAAUCUUAAUCAGUUGUUACAUUUUCUCUUCUUCUAAUUAACUGAAAGUUAAUCAAUUCCAUCACCAACAUCAUCAUAAUCUCUCUCCUCCUCUUCCACCACCGAGGGAUUUUCGGGUCUUGUCCAACAACUUGCAACCUUGUUUUCUAAUCAAGAUUCUUAGAAUAAAGAAGAGACCAGUUUCCAUCUUCAUCUUUUCAUCUUCUCUUCAUUUUUACCAAACCUUUUUUCUCUCUCUCAUCUCUUUCUAAAGAAAAAGAAGAUAAACUCUUCUCUUUUUCCUCUUUCUUUUUCAUCUGGUCUUCUCUCUCUCUCUUUCUCUUCAUCUUUUUCAGGGAACACCACCAAUAGUAACUGGUCAGGUUCCAUUACCAAUUAUUGCCUAUUUUUCUCACCCCAACUUGUUGAAUUCUAUCCAAUAUUCUAUCAGUUAAUUAGUUAUUCUUGUGAUUUAUCAACAAUUUAUUAAUCAUCUUUAUCUUAAUUUUGGUUAAUCAACUUUGUCACCUUUCGGUUUUCUAAUUUCUAAUUUGUUUCUCUUUCGCCUUUGGCUCCAACUUGAAGUCAAAGCCGAUGAUUUGAAGGUUAAUAUUGUGACUCUAAACUCUCUUCAUUUGGUUAAUUUCUAAUUCUUAACCCGGUCUUUAAUUCUGUUUCUGGUUGAUUUCUGGUUAAUCGCUGGUUCUUCUGGUGCCGAUUCCCUUUCUCCAUUUUGGUUGACCCGUUUUUUUAUUUCUCUCUUUUUGUUUUCUCUCUUAUAUUUUGUUGUUUUUCUCAAUUGGAAAAGUUAAUAUUAUGACUAUGGAUAAGGAUUCAAGAUUCGCCGCCAAUAGUGAUACCACCAUGUGGAAUAACGAUGGACCGACUGUACCAGGAAUUAUCCCGUUCGUGUUUUUCUUGGUCCUUACGGUUACAAUUCUAUUGUAUUUGUACAAAGUAUUGAAAAAAUACUAUGACAAACAAGCUAAAAGUGAUACUUAUGUUUUUGUGGAUCAUGAAUCAGAUGACACAGCUCGCCUAAAGAAGGUCGCUUAUGACGAUGAGAUUGCCAACAGUCCAACAUUGAAUUCACUUAAACACACAUCUGAUGGCCGAGGAUCAACAGGUGAUAAUGAGCCUAAUCGAUUGGGCGGUGGUGAGGUUAGAGUUGAAGUCGCCAAUGCUCCUGAAGGGGAUCUCAUGCAGGUUGAUGGAGCUUCACCUAGUGCACCCGAAGGCCCAGUUGAUUUCAGUGAUAACAUGAACGGAACUGAAACAUUACCUUUGAACAAAAAGAAAACAAAACUCACCGAAUCCAAUGUGUAAAAACAAAGCCCACGGACAAAUGUUUACGAAUACACAAUGAACCCGCUUUCCAAUUGGCAUUUAUUUAUCGACCAAUCAUUUAUUAUCUAUGCAAUUUUGUCUAUCAUCUUUUUUCUCGGAUCAAAUGGUUUCUUUUCUUGUCAAACUUUUACAUAUACACACGAGAUAUUUAAUCUUAAUCUCCUUAAUUUUUUGUCCUUCGCCGACUGCUAAAUCCACAGCCACUUUCUCCAGAUCAAAGUAAUUCAUCAUAUUUCAAAAAUGUUCCAUCAGUCAUCUUUAAUUAUCGUAUUCUCUUACCAAACUGAGGCAAUUUUUUCAUUCUAUUCAUUCACAUAAUCAACUUUCUACUCCACAAAUAUUACAUUUUGUUUUCCAUCUGGGGAUUAUCAUCAUCACCCUACUAUCCAACAAGAUUAACAUCGACAAUUAAAUCAACUAUCAUAUUAUAUAUUUACCAACGAGAGCUAAAAAUUAGCUUAAUUUUCUAGGUUAAUAGACAAGUUUUACAUUUAUUCUGAUUCUCGAUUUGAAUGGAGAACGAAUUUUUUUUUAUUGUAAAAGCAACACGCUGAUGGUAAUUAAGAAAUUUCUUGAUUACUCUUGGAAUCUCUGGUGCUGAUAGUAAACAGGAUCAUCAUUUCUACUAAAUCAUCUCAUCGUUUUUUUCUCAAACAAUUAUCUUUAUGGAAGAAGAAAAUUAUCUUAAUCAUAACAAGAAGAUGUCAACAGAGAGAAAUAUUAAUUUUUCCAAAUGGAUUCUCAUCAACAAAAGACUUAAUUGUUGCAGUUUAAUCAUUGACUUAUUGGAUAAAAGAGCAUCUUUCAAAAAUGAAUUUACUAAUUAUUAUUAACCUUUUUGUUUCUGUGCAACUACAAAUUGUCACUUCCAGAAUGAUAAAUUCAUGUUAAUAAUCAACACACAAUCAUGAUUGUAUCAAGAAAACUUUGUCUAGAUUAAUAUCAUGACUAUUAUUGUAAACAACAACAACGAAAACUAAUCAUUCAUUAUAAUCACCAUCAGAUUAAAAGCAAGAUUAUGUAUUAGA